GUUUCUUAGAUCCAGAUGUUUUGGCCGCUUGUUGUUCCUGUGGAGAUGACAGUACCUCUGAGGAACCACGGCAUGAAGAGGACAGUUUUUCGCUCUGGGUACGGCUCUUCGUUGGCGCCGCGCUGCACGAAAUCGGUAAGGCCCAGGCGCAGAGCGCCACGCAGAUGAACAAAAAGCAGGAGCAACCAAACCUGAGCAUCUUGCCCGGAGCUGAGCACGCCUAUCUCCUAGCGCUUCACGAUUGCGACUUCGCGUUAGGAGCUUUUCCGUUUGUUUUCAGUUCGUGUCGCGAGAGGUUGUGGGCGGGGAUUUUCCAGAGAUUGUGCGAAGCGAUGGAGCAUGUUUCGGCUACAGUACCUGCAGCGAAUUUUCACGCUAGCUUCGAUACUCACGCAGCAGAAAGAGCGCCAAAAACAACGUCUAGUUUUUCACAGGGUGGCAAAAAC